CAUACUAAAGCGUUUUGAUCUUAUGAAAGCAAGCCAAAACUUCAAAUUGUAGAUGUCUGUGUUAGUGGAAACAACGAGUCCCACAAAGAUGUUAGGCAAGAAGAAACUUGAUCUGAUGGUCGAUACUAUAUCUCCCUCUACAUUUAAGCGCCUAAAAGUUGAUGCUACCAGCAAUUUUCCUGAAAAUUGUGGUUCAUUUGUUUGUCAAAACAAUGGAACCAGAGAGAUCAACCUGGAAUUUCCAUCCACUACCAAGCCUGUAAGAGUCGAGACUACGAGGAGUUUUCCUGAGAAUUGUGGUCUAUUUGUUCGUCAAAACAACGGAACCAGAGAGAUGUACCCGGAAUUUCCAUCCAAUACCAAGCGUGUAAAAGUAGACUCUACGAGGAGUUUUCCUGAGAAUUGUGGCCCCUGUGUUUCUCAAAAGAGGAAUGGAAGUGAUACUCAAUGCUCUGUUGACGCUGAUAGCAAAAGUUGUUCUGAAGUAGCUAAAAAUGUGGUUGAGUCAGCUGAGUCAAGUAAUUUUGAGGCAACUGGUGCGCCUCCAAAAGAGGCUGGUGGUUCAAGUCAUUUAAAUACCUCAUGUCGACCUACUAAUGGAAACCAACCUUUGAAAUUGAAAGAAGAAAAUCUUAUGUAUGAUGAAUCUACUCAACAUCAUGAAGUCCAAAAGCCGUCAACUGAUACAAGAAAUACAUGUGAUUGGUUUAUAAAAGAUGAACCUAUUGAAAAUGAACCAGAAUUGCCUGCUAUUGUUUCACAAGAAAAUCUAAUCGAAGCUCUAAAUGAACCUAGUAACGAAACAAGCCAGAGAGUUCACCACGAAGAAGUUUCUGACAAUGAAUCCAGGAAUUGGGUAGAUGAUGAUGACAUUUCCAUUUUAACAUGCUCCGAGUGGAACUCACUAAGAUCAGGUCUCAAGGCCCAAAGUACUGAUGGUAAGAAAGGUGGUAAGGAGGGUGAGAUCAUACACAAGUGCUCAGAUAUUUUAGAAGAUGCAGUUGAUUUCAAGCCAUUGCCCGACAUCAUAUGUCCUGAGCAGCACGAUGAAAUGAACAAAGGCCAUUAUUUUUUCUAUAAGGAUUGGGAUCAAUAUGAAUCUGUGGUCAUGUGUGGUGUUUCUGGUCAUGGAUUGUCAACUGAAUAUGAACAUAUUCAUAAAGUAAAAGAAGUUAGAGAAACUCUGAAACUUUUUGAUGACGUAUAUACUAAACUUUUGCGAGAAGAUAAAGCAGAGAAACAUGAAGGACGAUCCAAAAGAAAUAUCCAUAUAGAGGCAGCAAUGACAUUGAAAAAUCAGAAAAAGUGGGUAAAUUGUGAGUGGACUUUUGGACAUGUUCCUGGAGUUGAAAUUGGGGAUCAAUUCCGGUUCAGGGCAGAACUUGUUACGAUCGGAUUACAUCACCAAUUUAUGAAUGGUAUCAAUUAUGUGAAUAUUGGCAGAAAAUAUGUUGCAACAAGCAUUGUUGAUUCUGGUCGGUACGAUAACGAGGCCAUAUCUUCUGAAACAUUCAUUUAUGUAGGUCAAGGCGGGAAUCCAAAAGUAUCUGUUAAUGCGAGAGUGGAAGAUCAAAAGCUUAAAGGGGGUAAUCUUGCCUUGAAGAACUCCAUGGACAUGGGAUGUCCGGUGAGGGUUAUUUGUGGUCGAAAAAGAGUGAAUGGUGAAAAGAGUGAUAUAAGAUACAUUUACAAUGGGCUCUACACUGUGACCAAGUGUUGGGCAGAAAUAGCUCCAACUGGAAAAUAUGUUUUCAAGUUUGAACUAAAACGAAAUCCUGGCCAACCAAAACUUAAUCGUGAAGUAGUGUCACGGCCAACAAGUUUAGUCAAGGUAGAUCAUUUUCAUGCUAACAAGGCAACAAAAUCGAUUAUGCAAUCGGAGUUUGUUGUGGACUAUGAUGUCUCGCAAGGAAAAGAGAAGAUACCAAUUCGUGCUGUCAAUGCAAUAGAUGAUGAGAGACUCCCAUCAUUUACUUACAUUACCAACAUACAAUAUCCAGAUUGGUAUUACAUCUCUAGGCCUCAAGGUUGCAAUUGCACAAGUGGAUGCUCGGAUUCUGAGCAAUGCUCUUGUGCUUCUAGGAACGGAGGUGAGAUUCCAUUCAACACAAGAGGCUCUAUUGUUAGAGCACAACCUCUUGUUUAUGAGUGUGGCCCAUCUUGCAAAUGUCCACCUUCUUGCAAAAAUAGAGUUAGCCAACAUGGUCCUCGAUACCAUUUGGAGGUUUUCAAGACCGAAUCGAGAGGAUGGGGUUUGAGGUCACGAGAUUAUGUCACAUGUGGUAGGUUUAUAUGUGAAUAUGUUGGGGAGUUGCUUGAUGAAAAGGAAGCUGAAAGUAGAAUAUAUAAUGAUGAGUACUUGUUUGAUGUUGGCAACUAUGAUGAAGAAAUCCCAAAAAGGAAUCCUAUGCGUAAUAAUAACCUCAAAGUUGAGUCAGAUUCUUUGCGGAGGAAGGAUGAAGAUGGCUUUACCCUUGAUGCGGUUCGAUAUGGGAAUGUUGGAAGAUUUAUCAACCAUAGUUGCUCACCAAACCUUUAUGCUCAAAAUGUCAUGUAUUACCAUGGUGAUAGGAGAGUACCUCAUAUAAUGUUUUUCGCUUCUAAGAGUAUUGCUCCAUUAGAGGAGUUUACUUAUCACUACAACUAUGACCAUGUUUAUGAUAAAAAUCGUAAUCUGAAGAGAAAGAAUUGUAGAUGUGGCUCUCGGAAGUGCGAGGGGAGAAUGUACUAAAGAAUUACUCAUGUAAUAC